AUGUCGUCCCCCAUGGAAGUAAUUGUGUCUGCCGACUCGGCAGGUCAGCUGUGGAAUUGCGCGGUUUUCGACCUUCACACUGGAACAAACCUGUUGUCCUAUCGAGGAGGUAACACAUCUUCAAGGUCUUUGACGAUCCUUAACGGCGAGUACAUUUUAGGAGCACAGCUCGGCAAGAACUUCAUAAACGUGUGGGAGAUACAAAGGAAGGACCAGCUCCAACAGAAGCUUGUGUGUCCUGGGGUCGUGACCUGUCUGACAGCCUCUCCUGAUGGAUUGUACGUGUUGGCUGGGAUUGGUGAAGCCAUAUACCUAUGGGAGGUGCCUACUGGGAAUCUACUCUCCAUUCUGAGUCGUCACUUUCAGGACGUAAGCUGCAUCCGCUUCACUGAUGACAGCAGCCAUUUUGUGUCUGGAGGAAAAGACAAUCUGGCACUAAUCUGGAAUCUUGCCAGUGUUGUCCAGCUGGACUCGUCCCGUGUGUCAGAACCUCGUCAUGUGCUGUCACGUCACUCUCUCCCCAUCACUGACAUCCACUGUGGGCUGAUGGGACCACAGGCCCGGGUCGCCACUGCGUCUCUUGACCAGACUGUUAAGGUGUGGGAAAUAUCUUCUGGUGAGAUGCUCCUGUCUGUCCUUUUCGAUGUUGGCAUCAUGUCAGUGACUCUUGACCCUUGCGAGUAUUGGCUGUUCUGUGGGGGCAGCGAUGGGAAGAUAUUUCAGGUGUCCCUGUGUAACACGAACCAGUGCCGAGAUAAGACGUUCCAGUCGGACAGCGAGGGGAACCAGGUGCUUAAAGGACACAUGAACAUGGUGACGUGUUUGUCUGUGUCAAUGGAUGGUAUGUUGCUGCUGUCGGGAUCCCACGACGAGACAGCCAGACUCUGGGACGUUCAGAGCAAACAGUGUGUCCGCUGCAUCUCACACAAAGGUCCUGUUACCAACGCCGCCAUUGUCCCAGCGCCUGCCAACAUGUUUCUCCCGGACAGCCGACCCAGUAUCCCUUUACCACGGUUUAGCCGCCACCUCAACCCUUCAGAGCAGGGCGAGGGAGCAGGCCCUGGGGGAGUGUACUUACGCUUGGGACCAAACACACAGGUCCCAGAGGAGACGUAUUUGGAAAAAGCUGACAAGUUGCACUCUCUCAUGUGUGCUGUUACAGACAAGAGCGUGUUUGGUGACGGAGAGAAUACUAAAGUUCGCGUCUCAGAGUUGGAGGAGGAGGUGAAGACUUUGAAGAAGAUUAAUAAGGAUCUGUAUGAGUUCUCCACACAGCUACUCACCAAACCCACAUAA